UAUGACAUGCAGAUGAGUGUGCGUCUCGAUCUUAGAAUCACCGCCACACUUCAACACAUUUUGGGCAGUCACUCAGGGGCCAAAAACCAGAGUGUGGGAGCCACAGAUUGUGGCGGUUGGAGCUGGCAGCAGCAAUGGGAUGGCCAUACAGACCCUAUGUCAAAAAUUAGGAAGCCACCCUAGCAGUACUAGUGUGAGGAGAGACCUGAAAAGUGGGCACAUGGGGCAGAGGGUGGCCGAUGGAGACGAGCAGCAAUGGGAGGCCGUACGAGGGGAACCUGACACACUCUGGGAACCAUCGGCCCGCAGCAUGAGGAGGCGGUACAGGGGCCCAUGACAGAUUAGGGGGCCUGGCCAGCCGCAAUGGGAGGCCCAUACUCAGCAGAAGGCAAUGACGGUAAAAUGGGAACCCACCAGCAGUGGAGGUAGACCCUGAAAAGUGGCACAU